AUGAUGUGCCAAGGCAACCUUGCUAAGGGCAGGAAGGGUCAAAGGAUCAAAGCUCAACUGAUCGCAGGUCCGCGGGUCCUGGGUGCGGCCUGGGCGGCGGCAGGGGCGCAGCGGCCCGGCGGCGGCUGGCAUCGGGGCGGCGGAGUCAGCAUUGCACUGAUCAUCCUGAUCGUGGUUGUGAAAGUGAUCAUCCUGAUCUGCUGGCUGUGCGGGCGGAACAAACGCCAGGGCUACGUCCGGUUGCAGGGCGGCGCGGGGAACACGUACCACGCUACUGUCGCCACGGAAACGGCACCAUACCCCGCCCCGUACCCCGCCCAGCCUUCAGCCCCGCCCCCCUACCAGAACCCGUACCAGGCAAAGGACUUCACCUCGAUGGCCACAGCUCCACCAGCCUACACAGCAGAAAACCCUCCACCCCCUCCCUACUCUCUGUCUACCAGGACAUAAACCCUGGAUUGAAACUACCCGGUCCUAAUAGCCUACAAUACACACUACCCGGCCCUACUACUGACUGACUACAACGUAGACUCUCCAUACUGUCAAUACUACCCUAAAGUACUGUGGUAUAAAUGAUCAAUGUCAUGUUGCCUCGUAUAUAGUGAUGAGUUUACUGCAUAAUGCAGUAUAUUGUAUGAUGUUAUUUAGUGGUAUAACUAUUCUAUUUUUCCAUUACUACUGUAACAGUAUUUUUAAAUGGUGUUUUGGGAGUCGGAGCUAAUGUUGCAUUCUUUUAUACUUGCAUGUGAAUAACUGUUAUGUAGAAAUACAUAUUAUGACUACUGUACUGUUAUUAGAACUAGAUACUAGUACUCUUAUCAUAUACUGGUAUAUAUAUUUUGGCUAUCAUGAACUGAUAUAGGGAUGUAAGGCCAUAUAAGUGUUCAUUACUAGUAUCUACUGCUGGUGUUGUAAAUAUUUUUGUAGAGACGUGGAAUUGUCCAGUGAGUUUUUAUGUGAAAGGCCGUAUAUUUUUGUUACUUCUGGAGCUGAUGAUCUAAUAUUUCUUGUAGUUUAAUUUUGAGUGUUUCUGUAUUCAACGCUCAACUAACAGGAUCUAGGAAAGACCGAGGUGUGAGCUCACAAGCGACUUUCCAGGUAUCAUCUGGAGGGUACUGUGGUGGAAUAAGUGCCUUUUGUGUUUCAUGAUGGGAAUAAAAUGGUGGA